AUGCUUAUCAGCUACUCGUUCCUCACUCCCCAUUCAUCCGAUGCAAGGUCGGAAGAAGAAUUCGCACGCACGCAUGCUGGCCACAGCGACGGAGUUCCAUGGCACCACCACUUCUUUGAAUCCCCGAUGGCGAACACAAUCCAAUCUUAUGUCGUGACUGGCGCAAACCAAGGUCUGGGAUACCACACCGUGCACCAGAUCGCACAGAAACCACACACGCUCGUCUUCCUGGGUGCACGGCGGAUCACCGCAGCGGAGGAAGCCAUCGCCAGCUUUGCGGCCGAUAUCCACUCCACGUCGGCUGUGGUCCCGGUUUACAUGGACCUCACAAACGAGAAGACAGUGACGGAUGCGGCCGCCUUCGUCGCAGCGACGCUGAAGGAGCGGGGUCUGUCGGGUUUGGAUGCUCUCGUCAACAACGCGGCAAUCGCCACCGGCCCGGACCUCGCUAUCUUCGCCACAAACGUCGUCGGCACUCUUGCGGUGAAGAACGCCUUCCGGCCGCUGCUCAAAUCUGGCAGCAGGAUCGUCAACGUGUCGUCUCUGCUCGGCUCGCAGGCGAUGCAUGGCGCACGGCCCCCCAUCGCUGUCAUGGUUUUCAAGACGUACGCUGCGAGCAAGGCUGCGCUGAACAACCUGACGCUCCAAUGGGCAUUCGAGGAGGAGGAAGCCAAGUCGGGGAUCAGCGUGAUCGCGCUCUGUCCGGGUCUCACUUCAACUGCUGCCACGGGGUUCAUUGCUCAAGGCGCCCCACCCGAGCAGAGUUGCAAAGUCAUCGUCGACUCGGCUACGGGCUCACCGAAGAACGGAAUCUUCUUGGAUGUGAAAGGCGACAUCGCGCCCUGGUAGUUUGACGAGACAGAGAGAACUUGGGCAUCGCAUCCAAGUUCAAAUUCCACCCAUUAUCAAAAUGUGGGAAUCCGAUUGUGCCUCUCAAAGGGGACGAGACUUGCUGUUCGGGUAGCAUAUGAAGUUAGUGGGGGGAGAUAGCUGCAUUCUUGUGUUUCCGCGCAUGGGAAGAUCUCAAUUGAUAUGUGAUCGGAGUGGAUAUAAUCUCAGUCUCAAGUCUGGUAUGCGCCGACAGAUCCA